AUGGCAAUGAUACAAGUUGAAGCACACAAGACCAAGGAAGAUCUAUCAAAGUUCGUGGAGGAAGGAAUAUCGCGUCGGUUGCAAAUCGAUGGUGCAUCCAAGGAGUUGAAGAGCUAUAUCCAAUCAAGCAUCGAGGAUAAGGCAAAAGGCAUGUUCUUGUGGGCGAAUCUCAUGCUGGAGAUCCUGAAGUGGCAAACAACCGAGAACGACAUACGCGACAGUCUCGAUACUGCGCCAACGGGGAUUGACGAUAUGAUCACCGAAAUGUUGAAGGUAUACAGCUCCAUGCUAAAGGGAAGAGAAGCCGAGGAAUUUAAUACAAUAUUAGCGUGGCUAUCCUGUGCCUCCCGACCACUGACUCUUGCGGAAAUCGAUGCCGCACUGAGGCGACUGUCACCAUCUGCAAGCCCCGUACUCUCUCUUGAGAACAAGAUUCGCAACACCUACGCUACACUUAUCAUGCUUGUUCGGGACGAUGGACAGUCCACGGCGUCGAUACACGCUCAGGUAGCGGACAUGUCGCUCAAUUCGAUACCAGAAACAACAGCAGUGGCAUUUUCUCAUGCGUCUAUAAUGGAAUACUUUAAGAGGGGGGCAGGAAAGUUUGCCAAGCGAAGGACAUCAACUCCCCUCGGAGUAGCAAAGAAAGAAGCAGAGUUUGAAAUGCUUCAAACAUGUCUAGAGAUCUUUGUAGAACCCGGCUCUGGUACAUGGUCACAAAGCUCCCAGGUUUUGACACCAUAUGUUAAAGAUUCGUGGAUUGACCAUAUCCGAGGUGUUCUAGAUGCAGUUGACACUGCCGAUUCUACCGAAAAGAGAUCAAUCCUUACCAGCUUAGGGGGCGAAAAGACCGCAAAUCUCAUCUUCGAAUUUCUCAAUGAUGAGACCAUUGUCAGUAAGUGGUCACAUAGUGUACCUUGGUCAAUCUUCACGGAUGUCAACGCGGUUUCUAUUGUGAAGUGCGUCGGCAUGGUCAUCAAAGACGACCGGGCCAACUUUCCCCAUCAAGUACUUCAAUGGUACUCAAGUGUUAUCGAGCACCCGCAGAGAAUAUUCCAUAUAGUGGCGAAGAUCCACGCUAUGGAAAGUCUACAUGGCGACUGGUUUCCCCUGGAGUCGCUCAGUGUCGUUGCCCAGAUAAGAGCUCUGGUAGAGGGAGACGAUACCCUCGAAACUCUAUCAGGCGACGGCAAAUUAUCUUUGGACACCAUUUCGAAGGCGAUCCAUUAUAUUCCGGUUGAGCCGGACGCUAGAUGGCACCGGAAUGUAGCUAUUUGCUACCGGAGGUCUGGACAUACCAAACAAGCUAUAGAACACUACGAACAUGCUCUAAGUUUGAACCAUGAGCUAGUGGAAGCUCGCGACGGUCUAGCACUUACCUAUCAGGUGCGGGGAUAUUACACAAAAGCUAUCGACCUCGAGCUCAUUAAUACCACCAUCCUGCGCAACAGAAUGGGUAUGAAGACCCAGGCUUCUCAUAAUGCUGCGAACACUCGGGAGCAGCUGUCCUUCUCUUACGAAAUCAUUGCCAACAGUUAUCGACUUGCGAAGGACGAGACAGCGGCUCUAAAGUAUUGGCGUGAAGCUGUAGAAGCAGGGGCAAUUAGUGACGAGAAAAUUCGCGAAUAUCUUGCAGCACUGGCAAAGUCGACCCAUAGCUCACGAUGGGAAGAGGUCAUCAAAUUACUACGCCUGCUAGACAGUAGCAUCGAUUCCGGGGGCCAGAAUCGUUUGACAAAGUACAUACACCGGAAAAUGUGGCCCAACGAAGUUCCUCCCAAUUUCUUCUAUAUGGCAGCGACAGCUGCGAAAGAGACAGACUGCUUAUCCUGGCUCAUCACAGCAUACGGUUCCGCCAUUCGCGAUGCGUCGACAAAAAGCCACAUGGGGAUUCUUUUUCUGAAGCUGGGAUUGGCCAAGCUGCUGGCAACAUACCAGCACGAUUAUCAGGCGGCUGAGCCACUCAUCGAGGAGAUUGGCGGCGUGGCCAGUAUUCCACAUGAACCCCGCAUUCCCGGUCUCGAAGACUGCAAACGAGAGGUUGCACGGGACUAUUGUCAAAUAGCCAUACGCAAAAUGUUGAAAGCUCAAGAGUGUGAAACAGACACAGGCGCUUACGUGCGCAAGGUCAGCGAUAUGAUAGACUCAGGUAUUACGCCGGAGGAUUUGACAGAAAGAAUAAGAUUCUGA